AUGAAGGUUGCAGUGCCAACGCUGUUGAAAGCGCUACGACAGGCUUCAACGGCUGAUGCGAUCUCCAAUGCCAUGGAACAGAUCUUUGAUCGUCUUAUCUCCACAUCCUCGUUGAAAGAAUCGCAGAAUCUGGUCUUUAGUCUUCAACAAUACCGGUUAUAUGACGGUAUGUAUCAAAAACUGCAACAAACUGCAGCUAUCUGUACUGAACCUUCAAGCAAGGCAGCAUACCUUGGGUUUGUGUUACUUCAGGAGAGUGUCCAUAUGUUAAAGACAAUUGACAUGUCUACGCAGCGUGACAUGUUACUUAAGGUAUGGAACGCCAAUAAGAACGUAUUAUCAGGCUACAUAGCAGCGCUUACUGCUGGAGAUGGACCAUUUUAUAAUGUCGUGGUGGACAUAAACAAAGCCACAACGACAAUGGAACUCAUAUCACCUGUGUUCAAGAGUGUCCUCAUGGACAAUUGUCAGUCAGAAGGACAUAAAGUUGCUGUGUUGGACACUCUGAGUCGCAUUGCAUGGCACUUUGAUGGACACUUGGAGGACAAGAACCAUCGGAUGCGGACACUUGUGAUUCAUCUGCUAGUACAAGCGCUAGAGCUCGUUCCGUACGCACAACUUUUGCAGCAAACUUAUGUGGUUCAUGUGGCAUUGAUAGUCGAUCUAUUGACAUUUGAAGCUCUUUACACUAAAGAGGACGUGGCUCUAGCAACUAGAACAGUGCGUUUUGUGCUCGAGUCGACGCAGUUAUUGAUUCAAAAGGACGUGGGUGUUAUAGCACUGUUGCAGCUAAUGGAACAGUUGGCUCGAACAAUGCCCGAAGCUUUUACGUGCUCGGUUUUCAUGACGUCGGCUGCGUAUUUCUUAGUAAAUAUGUGCGAGACACCGCUGGAACAGCAAAUGAUGCUUUGUCUACUGCAGCACAUAUUGGUAUAUGAACGCAAUGUUGUUGCUGACCAUGGCGGAAGGCGCAGAAUUUACGUGGAGAUACUGUUGUUGCCAUUGUCAGCGAUGCUUUCGGUGCAUGGCAGCAUCGUGUCGGACCUACUUAAAUUGGUGGUCGAGAUCACAUCAUUGAACACGUAUGCUUAUGAAGUGGAGGUAGAAAGCAGUGCGCCCCCAACAGAGACAUCAACUCAUGCUCGCUCGGCUAUCCAGAUGGUUGGUGAUGAAGAAAGCUGCCAACGUUGGCUGAGUUCUUUGUUUAUGUCGAAAGGCGCUAUAUCGGGCAACAAUACAGAUAAAUGGUUAGCAUUGCUAGUGGUGGCACUGCUGUUUGAUGGACGACCUGCUCUUCGCAGUGCUGCUGCUGAGUGUUUAAGUCGUCAAGUGAGUAAUAGCCCAAAGUUUUGGAAUGCUGACGUGACGAAAGCAUUGGUGGCAAGUUUGGUGUUUCUCAUUUCUCAGCAACCGUCAAGAAAUACCAAGGCAGCCCUAGGACAACGUCACUUUGGUGAGUGGAUGAUUUCGUGUUUGUAUUCUUUGGCAGCACUGGCGGCUACAACGACCGAGACAAUGCGUAUCGUACUUCGUUUGAUUGAUAGCAUGAACGGUAUGACAAAGACGCGGCCAAUGGCGCUGAAACUUAUGUAUGAAGUGUGGUUCAACGAGCCUCGAGUAUUUCCUAGACUGGAGACCAUGUUACUUGAACCAACAUCUUCAGACGAAGAUAUCAUGCGUCACGUUGUCAGGAUGGCUUCAAUAAAAACACUGUGCGAAAAAGACCCGGAGCUGGGUGUGCAGUUCAUUUCAUCCAUUCAAGGAUUUCUUGAAGAUGAGCUUGAGUCAGUGGUUUCCAUGGCCAUGGAUGCUAUCACCGCAUUGUGUAGAGGAGAUUGCUUGGACUUCUACGUUGCGUUCAAGAUUAUUGCGCAAAAAAUGCGCAAGAAUAAGGUAACUUGCGCAGAAGGGUCGCUUUUUCAGGAGCGAUUGUGCUGCUUUUACGCACUUGGUGGUAUCGAUAGUGUGGCGAACGAGAAACACGCUUCAAAGUUGCUGAACCAGGCUUGGGAGUUUGCAGAUAGUGAGCAUGCAAACGUUCGGAAGUCUGCUUAUGAAGCGCUGUGCAAAUUUCCUUUGGAUAUGUUGGGGCUCUGCGUGCCGGUAAAUGAAAUUGCUACACACCCGAGUGAUGACGAAAAUGGCGCCGCAGUAGAGGAAGUCGAGGAGCAACUGGAUGAUGUAAUGGAGCGUCUUCAAAACGAGCAAGAUUUAAAUGUUCGUAUCGCGAUUGAAGAGCUGGUGGCGAAGAUUAUUGAGCAUGAAAGUACGAAGCUUACUGUAGGCAUCGGUCGUGGACAGCGAAUGAAGUCUGCGGCGUCAGGGGUCCAGCGUCAACCGCAACGAACAUUUCAGCAAUCAGGGCCGGUUACGGUUGUUUCUGCUGCGGCUACUAAGGAGAUGAAGGCUCUUUUUCCUUCAAGAGCGGAGGUAGAGAGUUUGUUUCCUACAGACUCUUCGACAACUGACUGGAGCGGGUUUUUGUUAGCGUAUCAGCCGAAGGCUUUGAUCGACAGGAAAAACGUUAAGCGCAAAGACAAACUUGUACGUUUUGCAACGCAAAAUGUCGACGAGCUGGUAAUGAUGGUCUCGACUGUGCUUCAAUCUAUGGAACUUCCGUGGGCCUCUGUCGGUGUAUCAGGUCAUGGUAACGAAAACUGCAAGGUGUUCGUACUUAUCCAAGCUUUAAUGGAAGGAUGGAUAGGGUUUAUGGAGACAUACAUAUCUUUGCUGGACGAAUUGGCGGAGCUUAAGACGCCUAUUGGUGUUGAUGACGCCGAUGUCGCUUUUCGUGUUUUUUCAGAGGGCGUUACUAGCUUGUUUGACUUGCUGUUGAAUCAUACCUCAAACAAGGUAGGAGGCGCAUUGGCUGCUGGUGCGUUGGCGGGAAAAUUGUGUGAAUCACGACAUUGGAGUAACUCUCAUUUACGUCUGAAGUAUGAAGAAGUAGUGGAGAAAUUAUCGCUCCAACUAGCGUUGUCAAUUGAACAUGCUCGAGUGUUUUCGACUUACGACUGCGAUGCACGUGUUUCAUCCAUCGGCGCUUUGAUUGCUCUUCAGCUCUCAUUUGGUCGACGGAAGAGUGAGACCUGUAGCAGCUUUUGCAUUCAAUUGGCAAAGAUUGAGAACAUGUUUAUGGAGCUGUAUCACAACGAGUCAGACGGCCUGUUAGCUACGUGUGCUCUUUUAGGAUUGAGCCACAUUGCUUUUCUUUAUACGAAUGGCUACGAGCUGGAAACAUUUGAGGUGACUCAAUGGAGACACCAACGAGUCAAGCCAAUUGCUGAGCGUCUUAUGGAGUCGUUCCUGCGUACCAACCAUGCAAAGCAGUCGAAUAAGUCUUCUCUGUUCCACGAAGACGUGGUUUUUCCUCUGUCCGAGGUAACUGAGACGAACAAUCUAAUUGAUACAGUGUCGUCGAAGUUUAAGCAAUCUUUAUCGUCUGGUAGCAUUUUGUUGCGUUGGGCAUCGUUGAUGGGGCUAGCGCGUUUAUCGAGUGGCUUCUCAAGCAUCAAACGUUUAGACUGGCUAACGAAUGUACGAAAAGUUCUUACAGCAGUAUGGGAAAAUUGUGGGUCAGCCAAUAUUACCGCCGUUGCAUUGGGGCCCGUGUUGCUGCAUUGCGUGCUACAUAACUUGUCACCCUCACUAAGUUUAGAGACAUUUGUUACCACAUGCAAUCAGCGAGCUGCAAAAGCUGACGCUGACAGUCUCGACAGCGGAUUUCUGAUGAUGGCAGCAGCGAACGUGCUAUGCCGCUUGGAUUCUUUUGGAGGAUUUCCUAGCACUGUUCGAAACGAAACCAAUUUGACGGUCAAACAAAUUAAAAAGACUCUUGAGAACGAAAGCGUGCCAGAUCAGGCAGUGCACGAGCUGAUGCUACUUGGUAUCGUAAAUUUCUUCCACCUGAGUGGCGGCAUUGCUGGACCAUCAUUUGUCGGAGCAACUUCAGAUAUGGGUGCCAAUGUAAUGCUCACACUUGAUUGUGACACCAUUGUCGCUUUGGUAAAACUUGCUCGAGAUUUUACGCAGAGCGAAAGACAUUGUGCUACUGCAAGCGCAAUGCUUGGUGCUAUUUCUCGUGCAGCGGACAGGUUUUACGUUUCCCAAAAGAAGAAGUUGUUUGACGCCGAGGUUCGCGCUCUUCCGUCAGAUAAAUUGCUAGUGAAAACGCUUGAGUGGUUGCGGCAAACGAAUCCAUUCGACGACGAUAAUUCCUCUUAUGAAAUAUCGAUGACUAGAUUGACCCCAAAAGCUCGUACAGCGAUAUCACUGCUAGGAUGUCUGACAUCAGCGGGAGCUGUAUUACCAUUACUUGACUAUGCGUCACUGAUACAUCGUGUAAUGUUGCGGUUGUGCUCUGUUGAUGCAAGCGUAGCGUGCAUUCGAUUCGCUGCAACUCAAGGCAGCUGUGACGAACUUUUGGCUGGUAAAGUGCUCUCUAGCGAGUGGUUUGGCAAUGCAAACGCAGUUCUUCAGUCUGAGCUGAUGGCAUGGCUUGCGCUAGCGGCUGCCCGCUUUCCAACUGAUGUGCUUGAGACUCUACUGAUUACUAUUUUUGACGUUCUCAAGAAUAUUUGGCGUCGUGAUGCGUCAAGUAGCCGCAGCACUCUUCUUUUUGACAGCUGGACCGUAAUGUUACGCGACAUCUUACACGCCAAGACAACUCGCCGUAUUCCAGAGAGCUCUUUGGAAAUGGUCAAUAAAGUUAUCCUCGAAAAAAUGGUGAUGGAGCUUCCGUUUGACGUGCAUGUCUCCAUUUUUGUAAAGCAGUUUGCAGUUCGUGUUCUUUCAAAGUUAGACUACAGCGAACAUAGCCCAGUUGAAACAUAUUUAAACCCGAAUGUGGCACAUUCUUCAGUCUGGAGUUGGUGGCGAAGUGGCAUGUUCGUUAUCGAGCUAGCAAAGCUCGAAGUUUUUGUAGUUACCAAGCGUGAGACGUCACUGCUUUUUCAGUGGAUAUUGCGUCAUGACUUUAAGGAAUGGACUGAUGACAAUCUCGUUGACAUGUAUUUGCAUCCAUUCAUCGCGCAGGUGGGAGCUCUUGUGGCACAGCACACGACAGUGGAUGAAAACGUGUCAUUACUUUUGGAUUUGGUUGACACAUUUAGCCAAGCUAUGGCUUCACUUGAGUCGUCUGCUCACUCGGAUGCCAUGAAAUGUCGUGCACUCUUUGCUGUUAUGGCUUGUAUCCUGGCAUGGAACUCGACACUGAGUCAUGAAAAGUAUUUGCUCCAGACCUCGCGUUCCAAAAGUGCCGAUGUGGCUACUGCAAUUUGUGACGUACUUCCUUUUGGACUGAUUGCGUGCACACACGGCUCGAAAAGAGUUUCGACGCUAAGUGAGCGUCUACUUGUAUUGUUGCACGAAUUAACGAGGCUCAACGAGGACAUAGCAGGGAGAUACACACGUAUUUUACAAGUUUGCAGUCGGCAAAUGUAUCUAACAGCAGACAGUUGGCAUAUUUCCAGCACGACGGUUCGUAAGGUCAGAGAAUUAUGGAGUCUUUGUGAGACAGACUGA